AUGAUCAACAAAGCGCUGAACUUGAAACAAUUUAUGCUACGUCAGAAAUCGUUAAAACUGUAUAGAGAAUUUUUAAAAACAAUUAAGACUAUACCAUUAGAAAGCGAUAGACAGCAAUUUAUUAAUUGGGUAAAAGAAGAUUUCAAAAAAAAUAAAUUUGAAACUGAUGAGUAUUCCAUAAAAACUUUACACAAAUACGGUGAAAAGUCACUGACGGAUCUAAAACUGAACUUGGCUCUCAGUAGUACAAAAAUAUCGUGA